AUGGCGGGUGCUAAAUAUCUGUAUCAGAUUGGAAAAACUAACCAAUCUCUUCUUAUCGCCAGUCUUAAGAACCAGUUCACCUGCCUGACAUGGAAAGGUGCCGUCUGUACACCUUUUAGAGGAAUAACAACGACACCAUUUCCAGAAUUCCAAGGGGACCCUCAACUUCAAUCUCAUGCAGAUUUGUACAAUGCAAGUUUACAAAAUCCGGACCAUUUUUGGGGCACACUUGCCAAAUCUAGGUUACAAUGGUUUGAGACGUUUAAGCAGGUUAAAGACUGUGAUAUAAAUAAGGGACACAUACGAUGGUUUAUGGACGGCAAGUUAAAUGCGUCUGUAAACUGUGUGGACAGGUAUGCAAACAAGAAUGGUGACGCUAUAGCCUUGAUCUGGGAAAAAGAUGAACCUGGAACACAGGAAUACAUUAGUUACAGGCAGUUGUCACAAAUGGUUAACAAGAUGGCUAACAUGCUCAAGAGUUCUGGUGUACGUCGUGGAGACCGUGUGGCCAUCUACUUGCCUACCUCACCUAUAGCUGUAGCAGCCAUGAUGGCAUGUGCCAGGAUAGGAGCCAUUCACAGCGUGGUUUUUGCUGGGUUUAGUGCCGAGGCCCUGGCUGGCAGGAUCAUUGAUGCUGAUGCUGAAACAGUAAUAACAGCUGAUGAGGGAGUGAGAGGAGGGAGGACGAUACCCCUCAAACAGACUGUAGAUGCUGCUGUGGCCAGCUGUCCCUGUGUUAAACGUGUGUUUGUUUACCAGAGAACUGGAAACUCCGUCCCUAUGACAAAACUUGACAUCCCAUUAGACAAGGAAAUGGCGAGCCAGUCUGACAUUUGUGAGCCAGAAGAAAUGGGAAGUGAGGACCUCUUGUUCAUGCUCUAUACCUCAGGUUCUACAGGGAAACCUAAAGGGAUUGUCCACUCUACUGCAGGGUAUCUCCUGUAUGCUGGUAUCACACAGAAGCAUGUGUUUGACUAUAAAGAGGGAGAGAGGUUUGGCUGUGUAGCAGACAUAGGCUGGAUUACUGGUCACACAUAUGUGGUAUAUGGACCACUUAGUAAUGGUGCCACCACAGUGUUAUUUGAGAGUACACCAACCUACCCCAAUCCAGGGCGAUACUGGGAAAUGGUGGAACGAUUGAAACUGAACCAUAUCUACCUGGCUCCUACAUCUCUACGACUACUGCUUAAGGAAGGCAAUGAGUGGGUGACAAAGUAUGAUCGGUCUUCACUCAGGAAACUUGGCUGUGUUGGAGAACCAUUGAAAGAAAACCUUCCCUUGCUUAAGAUGGACUACAGUCCCCACCCCACUGGGGCUGAUGGGCAGGAGACUGGAGGAAUCUCCAUAGCACCAAGACCAUCAGCUCCAGGAGCCAAAAUUGUAGCCGCUAAGCCCAUGAGACCACACUUUGGUAUUCAACCUGCUCUCAUGGACAAGGAUGGAAAGGAACUGAUAGGCAGUAAUGUACAGGGAGCAUUGUGUAUUAAGUCUGUGUGGCCAGGGAUGGCUCGUACAAUAUAUGGGGACCACAGACGUUUCCUGGAUACAUACUAUCAUCCUUACCCAGGUUACUACUUCAGUGGAGAUGGAGCCCAGAGGUGUGAGGAGGGUUACUAUCAGAUUACAGGAAGGAUGGAUGAUGUAAUAAAUGUUAGUGGACACAGAAUAGGCACUGCUGAAGUGGAGGAUGCGAUGGAUAACCAUUCUCAAGUGGCUGAAACAGCUGUGGUAGGCUAUCCACAUGAUAUCAAAGGAGAAGGUAUAUAUGCUUUUGUGGUGCCCAUGGAAGAUGUUACCUCUGAGAAUGCUGAGGCUUUAAAAGGUGAACUGAAGUCAAUGGUGAAGACCAGGAUAGGAAGCUUUGCUCAGCCUGACAAGAUUCUUUUCACUCCUGGGUUACCGAAAACACGGUCCGGAAAAAUCAUGAGAAGAAUUUUGCGAAAGGUUGCAGACAACAAACCAGAUGAACUUGGUGACAUUUCCACACUAGUUGACCCAUCAGUGGUUGAGAUUCUUGUACAGCUACACAGUGAGGCAUUCCAGGGCUGAGGCUUGCCAAUAACAGGAAGCUGGUGGACCAAAGAGAGCUGCUUUUUAAAACUCAGUUACAAUACAGUGGUGCUGUGUAACCAAAGAUUUCAGGAUCUGAUGAUCGAAGUCUUAAUUAACCACCGGAGUCAACUUAGGGGAGUAGAAGUUGUGUCAUUAACUGAAGAAAGUAAAACAAGUCUAAUUAGCCAAGUAGUAAUGCCUUAUAAUCAAACUUUGUUAUUGAUUAUUGUUAAGGAUGGGUUUGUAAUAUUGUAAAAGUAUAGGGCAACCCAAGCCAUUAGCUAGGGUGACAAGCUGAAAGUCUACUUCAUGGUACACGUUAAUUAAUGUAAAUAUUCUUAUUGUUGGGUUACCAUAUUUUUUGUGUCAGGGGCCAGUGUGGUUGUUCCUGUGGAGUAGUUGAAGGUCGUAUUUCUUUUUUAUAAGAGUGUGAUAUGAUACUUGAAUGAAUGCUCAAAAUUGUGUCAUAUUUUUGUUGUAGAUCUUUUUAUCUUUCAUUAGGAAAUAUUUUUGAAAUAUUGUCAUUAAAUAUUGUAUCAAGCGUACAAAGGCACUGGAUCAUUCUGGUGGAGGUAUCAUAUAGGAUGUUUGUACUUGUAUUCUCUGUCAUCAAUCAUUUACCAAAUCUCCCUCACCUGGAGGCAUGCUCUCAAUUUUUAGUCAGCUUUUAUACUGGAGUUAAUCAGACAGUUCCACACAACUUGCUUUUUGUUACUACCCUGUUAAUGUGUUACUACCCUGUUAAUGUAAUGUAUAAAAAAAGGUUUAAGCAAGGUCAUUUAUACUUGUGUUUUGUUAUAGAAUGGCUUAAACCAUAUUAAUUUACACUCGUUUUGUUAGUUUUGGUGCUGUUUAUGUUUUAAGUAUUUCAAUUUUUUUUUUCUUUUCUUAAUAUACAUGCUAGAAAAGCUCUACUGGUUACUAUCAGCUUAUAAAUGAGUUACGAUAUAAAAGAGCUUGACUUAUAUGACAGAACCCAAAUAUCCAAACAAAAAUACGAAUGGAAGUGAAGGUAUUUCUGUGGUUGCUGCUAGUGUGUGGUGAUUACCAGUGCUUGUUUUAAUUGUUAAGAUGUUACAUUUAAUGAAUUUAAUGUGCAGUAUCACGUUGUGUUUACUAGGUAAUAGUUUUUACCAUUUUAUUUUACUGUCAAUACAGGUGUGUGUUACCUAGAUUAAGAAGUGCCUAUCAAAUGUAUUGAAAGUGAUAUACGUUUACUUAUCUCAUCUUUUAUGUUUUAUGUCAGUAAGGUUUGUGAAUUAAUGCUGCUGUUGUUAAAGUUAUUAUUUCUCUUUUGUUGUACAACAUUACAGUUCUUCAAAAUAUAUGGCAAAUUUUAUUAGAUAGUACCAAAUACAAUGGAUUUUAGUUGAUAUUAAAAGAUUGUGAUAAAAUACCAUUGUGAAAUUGAAUGGUUUUUUUUAUGUGUAUUAUAUAUCUAUAUUAAUACAGGUGAUAGCACUCAAUACUGUGUCCCAACAUUGCAAUUUUUAAAACAAUUUUUGUAGGAUAGAAUAUAUAGAAGUAAACUUGUAAUUAAACCACAUCAUUAGGUAUUCAAUUGAUUGUGCUAAUUAUCAGUCAGCAAAAAUUUUCCAUAGUGAAUGCAACCCUGUAGAUCUGAUAAAGGCUUUGCAUUUAAAGAGCUUACACCAAUAUUUUUUGUUUUUAUUUUAAGCUUGCAGAUAAAUGAAAUUAUUGUCAGAUAACUAGUCAUUUAGUUUUUCUUUGUGGUAUCACAUGUCAAAGCAAUUAUUUGUGUUGGUUAAUGAUUUCAUUUCCUUGUUUUGCUAAAAUCAAAACUAAACUAUGAAAUGGGAAACUGGAGAGGUUAUUAAGACUGAGCUUUUUAUUUUUAUAUUUCUAUAACUGUAAACAAGUGCUAGUGUGCUGAUAUGAGAGUUAAUUUCAUUGUGUAUUCAUUAAUACUCAACAUUGUAAAUAUAUACAUUUUCAGCAUUUUAUAAAUGAUGUGACAUUUUUAGCUGUGUUUUCCCAAAAAGCAGGAAUGCAGUAUGUUUACUUUUUCAUAUGCAUGUUAAACAGAAUAAAGAUCAAUCUAUAUUGA